ACGAUGGAUUCUCACUGAAAUGGGAUGCCUAUCAAUCCAAUGCCGCCGGAGCAUUCGCCGAUCUGCGUUUUGAUUCGGUGCUCAGUGAUAUCACCCUGGUGUGUGAUGGCGAGAAUUUCCGUGCCCACCGUGUCAUUCUGUCCACGUGUUCGUUGGUGUUCAAGCAGCUUUUCGCCAGCACUAAACUGACACAUCCUUCAGUCAAUCCUCUUGUCAUGCUUUGGGAUAUCGAAGCCGACAUCCUGACCUCCUUGUUGGACUUCAUGUACCUGGGAGAGGUCUCGGUGGCCAAUGGUCGUUUCAACGACUUUAUGAUUGCAGCUGAGAAACUCCAAAUCCUGGGAUUGUCUCAAUAUGGGGACCAGCGUAGAAAUGGGUGUUCAUCUCCGGAUUUCCGAUCAUCUCACAAAAGAGUGAGAUUGAAAUCCCCUGAGGUUGAAGAAGUGAGGUCUUUAUUGGAUUUGCCAGAUGACGAAGAGUUGGAUUCGACGGAGUUGGACCUGGAUUUGGACGGCAAACACGACUUGGACGGCGAUUCGUUAUUGGCUGCCCAAAACGAGGAGUACAACAGGGCUAUGAGACAUGUGGCCACUGAACCGCCAACCAUUGGACCAAAUGGAGUAAAAGAGUAUUGCUGUAUCUUUUGUGACAAGAAAUACUUGCGCCGUUCCCGAGUGAGACGACACAUUUCUGAUACCCACAUCACCGGCUUCUUCCCCUGUUCUGAGUGUGGCAAGGUGUUCGCAUCGAAUCGGAAGAUGAAAGACCAUCAGAGCAAAUCGAAAUGCCGCAGUGGAUUGGAUACAAGUGAAAGUUUUCCUGAACUCCGAGAUCAGCACAUUGGCCAAGAGAUCCCGAUGGAAAGUUUGGACUCCUCAAUGACCACAGAAGUGAUUGUGACACGGAUUUUGAAUGGGCAAAGCUAAGCGCUUGAAUCUAUUCCAUUGGCUACUUUCACGUUGUAUGUACCUAGGAUUCAAAUUGGAUAAUUGGAUGAAGAAUUCAGUUUUGAUUGUUAUCCCAAGGAAGACGUUAACUUUUAGAGGAAUAAGAGAUGUCGAUAAGACCACCGAAUUACAGCCAAGUCAGUUCAUCGGCAAUUCCCAAGCAUUAAGAAAGCUUCAGGUUGAGAGAAAUCAAAGUGAUCAAGUGAUAUUGAUUCAAAAAGCUUUGGAUAAUUUCGACUCGAAAAUUGAAGCUAGGCUUCCAUAGGAAGUAGUGUUACUAGUUGUCACCAUGAAACAUUUCCAAUAAAUCGCCAAUAUCCUUAUGGCAACCUUAGCUCGAGCUUCAAAGUAUACAAAUCCCAACAUGUCUCGUUUCAGAUGGGUGCGCAAGACGAAACGUUCACCUUGAAGUGGAACGACUUUCAUACCAGCGUCAUCUCAACCUUCUCCGACCUUCGAGAUGAAAAGAACCUCUGCGAUGUGACGAUUGUUUGCGAUGGCGAGUAUUUCCCCGCCCACAAACUCGUCUUGUCCGCUUGUUCCGGAGUUUUCAACAAGCUCUUCAAUCGGAACAAACACCAACCCAAUUUGGAACAACUGAUUAUGCUCUGGGACAUCGAUGUGGAGGAGAUGACCACUUUAUUAAACUUUAUGUAUUGCGGUGAAGUGAACGUAACAGAGAGCAAGUUGAACGAUUUCCUAACCGCUGCGGACAAACUCGAGGUCCGCGGUUUGUACCAUCCUCAAGGCCCUUCAAGGAGGCCAAAGCCCUUGAAGCCUAUUGAAGAGCCUUUUCCUCGUCCCACGUUACCUCAAUUGCCCAAGAACCGACGGUCCGGGUCCGUUGUGCCCGAUCCAGCCCCCAUUCCACCGCCAGUUUUAGCUCCCCCUCCAGUUCCAACUUCUAAGACAAAGCCAACUCGAAUUCAACCGCCUUCAGCUAAAAAAAUCCGCAUUAAAGCUGAAAUACCGGCCGAAAGAAAGGUCACUGAAGAAGAUGCCAUCGAGAUUCAUGCUCCUCUUCAUAUUGAUCCCGUGGAUAGCGAUACGGAGGAUCCUCUGACGACGGGUGAGGACGAGAUCGAGAUUGAUCAGGACAUGGAGCUGGAAGAGGACUUUGAGGACACCUUAGAACCAGGAGACCCGGAUCCGGAUGAGAGCCAAGGACGAUUAGCGUCGUUCAGCCGAAAAAACUCAAGAGAAUUGCAAUGUGGCUAUUGCCAUAAAACGUACAAAGCUCGGGGGAUUCUGAAUCGUCACGUGUCAGACUGUCAUGAAACCGGCGUGUAUCCAUGCAAACUCUGUGGAAAAGUAUUCCCUUCGCCAUUAAGAAUGAAAGAUCACGUGAACCGGGGACGAUGUCCAGCUCAAAAACAAGGCAAAAAUUGACCUUCUUGCGCAGAAUAACAUUACAAUGGUCAAUCAUUGGAUAAGAACCUGAAUGUAUCCUGUCCUCCUUAUCAUUGCCGCGUUUUCAAUGACCUUUCAAUCACGAGGAUCUGGAAAAUAAAAUCUUUUUCUUCUAAA